AUGUAUACAACAGUCACCGAGAACAAGAUGCAUUUACAUUACGAACAGCGAACAAUACGUACUUGUCAAAGAUUCGUGAUAUGUAUAUGUAUUCUUGUAGCAACGAUCUUUUUUCUAUAUUUUCUCUUUCAAUAUCAACGAGUCAAUUCAUUAUGGACACCCGUUCACGUUUGGUAUACACCAGAACAAAGAAUUAAACGACCAACUUAUGUUAAUCAUGAUCAUGGAUUUUGUGGUCCCUGUCCUACACAUAAACUUUCGUCUGAUGCAUGGCGAUUAAUUGAUCUUGUUCAACGUCUUGCUCCGAGAAAUCCAUUUCUCAUCAAUAUUGGCGCUGCAUCAAAUUAUGGCGGUCGCUAUGAUCCUACUUAUCCUGUUCUUACGAGUACAAAUUCGACAUUCGGUGCGCUUCUUAUUGAUCCAAAUCCUAAUCCUAGCUUAUUCUCUGGAUACCCAAAUCGAACGAAUAUUCGUAUUACACAUGAUUAUGUCUGGACGGAAACAAUCAUUCCAAAUAUAUUUGAAAGAUACAACAUUUCAAAACAAUUCACUAUUCUCAAAGUAGACAUCGACUCGUACGAAUGCUCAGUACUUGAGAGUAUUCUUCAAGCUGGUUAUCGUCCUCAAUUGAUUCAUACCGAAUUCAAUCCGGUUUUCCCCCCGCCCGUCAUUUUUAAACCAAUUUAUAAUCCAAAAGUAAAAAAUGACUGGAAACCUGAACUAUGGGCAAGCAAUAGUCCAUUCUAUGGAUGUAGUUUAACAGCACUUUCACAAUUGCUUCUUUCGUUUGAUUACAUACUUGUUGAAGUGGAUUUUUGGGAUGUAAUUUAUAUCGAACGAGAAUUAGUUCGAUCACUCGGAAUUCAAAUUCCUGUCAACGAUCAAGCUGCCUAUGAAUAUGGGUUUCUCGGUCACUCGUGUUUUCCAUAUUGCCGUGAAAAUGUAAAAUUAUACAAUAAUCAGAUCGAAAGUGCUAUUAGAUCCACAAUAAAUCAAUCGAACUUUACCAACUAUAUGAAAACUAUACUGGAUUCCUAUGCACCAAUCUCAAUAAAAACAAAAUCCAAACAUCCAUAUGAAAUAACUGUGUAA